ACAGCAGCGCGGCGCGGGCGCCUCUUCCGCUACCGCCACAGGCGGGCGGGCCGAGGAAGCGCGGCGGGCCUCCCUAACCGAUCGGCCGGAGUCCGGGCCGACGCAGUCAAGCUAACCAGCCCCGGCACGGCCUCUUUUGCAGGCUGAGGACGGGAGGAGGGGCGCGAGCCCGGUCAGGUUACUGUAAAUAUGCAAAAGCGGAGGCAGUGGGCGGGGAGGGGGCUAGGUGCCGUAGAGGGCAAGGGGCACUCACAUCCCCGGCGCGCCACUCGCGGGGCUCCUGUCUGCACGUGCCCCGGGCCUCUCCCGCUCGCUCAACCAGUCUGCGGAGAGCGCGCGCGCGCCCGCCGACUCGGCUCCCGCGUUCGCUUCUUUGUUCCCGCCCACGCGAGGCCCAUUUUGACGGAUCGGGUUCGAGGUCCUCGGCGGCCAAUCGGCAUCGACGCCUUUACCUCCUCCCACCCCUUCGAAAUCCUGCGAGGGCCGCCCCCUUUCCCUGCCCACGUGGUCUUGUCCUCCGGCCCUGGGCAGCUCUGUAGUUCUGGGGUCCUGUCCGGCCGUGUGAUCCACCUUUCGGGGCGUGGAGGUGGUCCUCUACCUCGCGCUUCCGGCAGCACGCCGUUGCCGCGUGGGAGAUUCUUGCGGGGCUGUCUUGCGGGGAAGCCUAGGACGGCGCUGGGGGCGCAGCCGGCCCAGCCCUCUGCGCUUCCUACCAGUAGGCCGAUUCCAGUAGUUGCAUCCGGUAGGGAAAUGGUCGUGCUUUCCGUGCCCGCCGAAGUCACUGUGAUCCUGUUAGAUAUCGAAGGUACCACAACUCCGAUUGCUUUCGUGAAGGACAUUUUAUUUCCUUACAUCAAAGAAAAUGUUAAGGAGUAUCUGCAGACACAUUGGGAAGAAGAAGAGUGCCAGCAGGAUGUCAGUCUUCUGAGGAAACAGGCCGAAGAGGAUUCCCACCUGGAUGGGGCUGUUCCCAUCCCUGCUGCGUCUGGGGCUGGAGCCGCCGGCCUGCAGCAGACGAUCCAGGCCGUGGUGGAUAACGUGUGCUGGCAGAUGUCUCUGGACCGUAAGACCACGGCGCUGAAACAGCUGCAGGGCCACAUGUGGAGGGCGGCUUUCGCAGCUGGACGCAUGAAAGCAGAGUUCUUUGAAGAUGUAGUUCCGGCAGUCAGGAAAUGGAGAGAGGCUGGAAUGAAGGUGUAUAUCUAUUCUUCAGGGAGUGUAGAGGCCCAGAAGCUGCUAUUUGGGCAUUCUACAGAAGGAGAUAUUCUUGAGCUUGUUGAUGGUCACUUUGAUACCAAGAUUGGACACAAAGUGGAGAGUGAGAGUUACCGAAAGAUUGCAAACAGCAUUGGACCCCCAUGUUGCCGUGUUCUAGCUUCAGCAGUGAUGGAGAUGAGGGCCAAACUAGUUUCCUGGUUUUCCACACCCCCUGAUUACUCUGAAGCAGAUCUCGGACGUCAUAUUGUGAUGUCUCUGACACAUACUGUGAUUUUCACAGAGGCCAGUGCUGCCGAGGAAGCGGAUGUUCAUGUCGCCGUGGUGGUGAGACCCGGCAAUGCGGGACUGACGGACGACGAGAAGACGUACUACAGCCUCAUCACGUCCUUCAGUGACCUGUACCUGCCUUCCUCAACCUAGAGCAGGACUCGUGGGGAAGACCCGCGUGUCCUCACAGAGCGGUCCCUGUAGUUUAGCUGUGUUCCAAUGGUGAAAGUAACUUACUUAAAAAAGACGUAUAUACGCACACACACAGGCACGCACGUGUACAUAUGUGUAUGUUUAAAUUGCCUUCCACAGGCACAUAAGUGAAAAAAAAAUCUCAGUUCAGUGAAAAGGAAACUUAUUUAAAGAUGCUUUCUAUGUAGAAAUUGUUUGAAACCACAACCCUACCCCCAUCUGAGGGGAACUAUGGCUGCUAGAGAAUUACCACAGUGUAGGUCACACGUGUUAGGUUUAUCGAGUCGUGUACCCAAAUGGAAAGGGAGGGUUGAGACGUUAUUCAGAAGCCUUGUUGUUUUAAAAACUGGAAGUAUUUCAUACGUACUCCUAAUAAUAAUUCAUUCCCCUUUCGAAUUUUGAGUUAGAAGAUUGCGACAGCCGAAUUUCAAAAUGUUAGGCUCCUUCUCUGCAGAAGUCAGAGCCAUUUGUUUCUGCUAGAGGAGAGCAGACCUGGGAGAGGAGACUCAUUCGAGUCUCGGUGACGCAAGCAUCUGUUCCCGAGGACGCUUGCGCAUCAUCGUGGCGGCCCCAGCAAAUGGUUGCCUUAGCAAUGAAGAAGGUGCAUUGAUGUAACAGCUAAAAUAGGUAUGUGGUUCUUAAUGUUUAACACAGUAGCCCUGAUCCUGCCAGUUGUUAUCAUCAUACAUUUUAUAGUUGCCUUUCUAACUACCUUUUAGCAGUUUGGAAAUAUAUGUUGCUCUUUACAACCGAAAAACAAAAGGUUUACUGAAAUCAUUCCAUAAGACCCUUCGAGAAGAGCCCUAAUAAUAUAAUAAUAUUUUCCUGUGAAAUGCAUAUGAAGAGUGUAAAUUUAUAACAGCAUUAUUUAUCCUGGUUCAGUCCAUAUGGGAUGUCAUGUCAGUUUCAUGUUGCGAUUAAUAAAAGCAUUUUCUUCUUCACUCA